GUAUUGUCUGGGAAGCGUUCGAUCGAAAGGGUGAACUUCGUGCUAUCGCUGGGGGAGGACGUUACGAUAGGCUUCUGUCGCUGUAUGGAGCCCCAUCGGAAAUACCAUGCGUUGGUUUCGGAUUUGGGGAUUGCGUUAUUUACGAACUCCUUCUAGAACGUGGUCUCUUACCCGAGAUUCCGCAUCGGGUUGACUUUGUUGUAGCGGCUUAUAAAGGGAUGUACGGUCAGGCCUUGGAAGUGGCUGCUGGUCUCAGGUAA